GCUUGAUCAAGCUUCUUCCACUCCCAUGGCAGGCAGACGGCGGCAGUCCUCCUGAGGCAGACAUUUUUCUACAGGAAUUUAUAGGCCAAAGCGAUCUCUAGCUACUCUCUACUAGUAAAAAUUUUAAUUAAUUCUUUCCGGGAAAUGACGUCGCACCACCCAUCCGAAGUGGACUCUGUCGCGUCCUCGCCGCGCUCGGACCACUCAUCGUUUGAUCAGCAUACACGUGUACGGUUCAUGUGCAGUUUCGGUGGCAAGAUCUUGCCCCGGCCCCACGACAACCAGCUCCGCUACGUUGGCGGAGACACGCGCAUAGUCGCCGUGCACCGCUCCACCAACUUCUCAAUCCUCCUCGCCAAGCUCUCCAAGCUCUCAGGUGUGGCCAAUGUAACUGUCAAGUACCAACUUCCGAACGAAGAUCUCGAUGCUUUGAUUUCCGUGACAACGGACGAGGACGUGGAGAACAUGAUGGAAGAGUACGACCGCGUAGCACAGAGUCAGAACCCGAGGUCGGCUCGGCUUCGGCUAUUUCUCUUUCAGACAGGCGACAGCUCCAGAGCCAGCAGUAUCAGCUCGCUACUCGGCGGCUCGGCUAACCGUGACCACUGGUUCCUUGACGCUCUCAACGCCGGCGGCUCGGCGCUCGAGCGAGGCCGGUCCGAAGCCUCCUCGAUUCUCUCCGAGUUACCCGACUAUCUCUUCGGGCUGGAUAAUUCGGACGACCCGAAAAUGAAGACCCGGAACCUCCUAGCCGAUAAUGUGUCGAAUUCCGAUCCGGGUUCUCCUGCUCCGGCUUUGUCUUCGCCGUUUUGUUCAGCUUCAUCGGUUUCGUGUGUACCGCCGAUACCGAAUCUUCCACCUGUAAAGACCAAGCCAGAUAAUCCGGAACCAGUGGUGCAAGCAAAGGAGAAUCAAAUAGAGGGAUUCGCAGAGGCCGGUGGCCAGCCCACAUCGCAACCAACUGGGUGCCCAGGAAACCCGGUAAUGCAAUACAUCCAGGAUUCUCGUUACCAGGGUCAUGCCGUACAGCCAAUACAAGUUUACUAUGUUCCGGGUCCUGUUCCACCCGGGAAUGUUUCUGUUCAACCCGUGGCUAUUCCGGCCCCAUAUUCUCAGCAAUAUCACGCAGUUUCUGGUCAACUGCCACUCGGGUACCACCAUGCUGUACCGGGAAUGAGUCCAUUAUAUGGAGGAGGGAUGAGACCGGGUGUGGCUCAGCCAGUACCGUUUGACCCGUAUGAUGUGCAGUCAAGAGUGGUUCAAGAUGGGGUAAAUCAGCAAGUGUUUUACGGGGUUAGAAACUCGGGCAUGGUUCCGGUUUAUCCAAAUAUGGCGGUGCCGGGUGGGGAAGAUUCACUGAGCAUCGGGUCGGAGAUAAAAACGGGUCGGGCUUCCCAAUAGUCUUUACCAUGAGCCAGGGUCCAAUGUAAUGCAUGUAUGUAUGUAAUGUUUAGUGAAUUUUCAUUUUGUUAUAUGCUUGUGUGAGGUUUGUGUUCUUUUUUUUGUUGAUGUGUGAUGAUUGGCCUGUAACUACUACUUCUAUAUGCUUUGCUUUUUUAAGUUUGUUUUGUGUGACGAAAUCAAUUAAAGCAUAGAUUGGUUUUCAAAGCAAACAUGUA